UCCGAUUAGGGGUAACCAAUUCAUUCAACGUCAACUGAAUUGCCUUCGGGCUCCACCAGAGUUCCGCCAAGGCACUAGGAUGACGUCCUCAAAUUCAUCGCUGGAAAGUAUAAAAGGACCACAGAUUUUCCAAAUAUCCUCAAUCAACUCAACUCAUCAACUCACAAUCAACUCACUCUCAAUUCUUAUCAAUUCAUCAUGUUCUCCAAAUUCAUUAGUGUCGCAUUCGUCCUCGCUGCAACUUUGGCACCCACCAGCGCCGUGGUCUUCCCAAGGGGCAACAAUGUUCGUGAUCCUCAGGCUGGUACUCUAACUCCCACUGUCACGCCUACCAUCACGCCCACCACUAUGUCCACGCCCACCACUACGUCGUGGUCUUCCACCACGCCUACCACAUCCUCCAAGCCUAUCACCUCCUCCACGCCGACCAACUCUUCCACGCCGACCACCUCCUCCACGCCUACCACCUCCAGUACACCUACUUCCUCACCUACGACUUCUACCACACCUCCGCCCUCUAUCACUUUUACGCAUCCCACUACUAUUCCGUCCUCUAUCCCUAUCCCGCCUACUACCUUGCCAACGCCCUCGACGUCUGUGAUACCUUCUGGUCAGCCCAACAAGGCCCCCUCUCCAUCCGUGCCGUCAGCGUCGUGUAAUGGUGUCCAGCCAUGGCAGGUUAAUCUCGCAUAUAGUGCAGGCGCUCAGGUGAUCUUCAACAACCAAUUGUGGACCGCCAAUCAGUGGAGUUAUAACAACAACCCCGAGUCCGCCGCCGCCGAGUGGACUCUCAACGGGAUUUGCAACCAACCGAUCAGCAACAAAGUUGAUUGCACCGGAAUCCCUGGUUGGAACAAGUCCACCGCCUACAAUGGGGGUUCAAAAGUAACCUUCAAUGGUCAACUCUGGAUUUCCACGCAGUGGACCGAGAGUAACAGCCCUGGCGAUGCUUCCGGAACUUGGAAGGAUUUGGGUGCUUGCAACUAAUUCAAUAGUUUGGGCUUUUUAGAUUCGUAGCAGUUCGCAUCAUGGACAAUUCUUUAUUAGCAUUAUCUUGCUAUGGACAUUAUCAUGGACUUAUUAGAUUUUUUGUUUCU